UUGAAUGCGGGCUUGGAGGGUGGGGUUUUGCAAUUUGUAUUUAUUUUGUAUUUUCAUUUUUUAUCCCGUGAUCCUCUCCUUCUUGUGUUCUUCAAUGUACAGCACCUUGUGAUACAGUCUAUGUUUGAAAAGUGCUUUAUAAAUAAAUUGACUGCUUGAUUGAUUGAUUGAAACAUUUUAGUGUAACCCCACCCACACACGCGAAUAUGUGAUGCUCUUAUUUUGAAGAGUAGUUUCCGGCCGUUGACUUCUUAUCUGCAUUAACAGCUGGCACUUAUAGCAGUUGCAUCAGUUCAGCGGACCAGCAGCGUGGCUGACUCAUUUAUUGUAAAUUCAGAAAUCAGCUAAAGGACCAGGUAAGUAGCCUAGUUUGGACAUAUUUUGUGCCUCUUUUGGGUUUUUAUCUUGUCUGGUUGGACAGCAGCCAAUCUUUACUUGAACGGGGGUUUGGAGCAAAUCUUGCUCUAUAAACUUGUCAAUUUAAUAUUUAAUUUGUGUAAAUUAAAAGUUUUAACCACAUAUACAAGACGUCCUGACGACAGCUGCGUUUGGUAUUGUUUUCUUGAAAAUUCGGCUUUCACAUGACAGACCGAGCGGCAUGUAUUUUCAGAGAGUCAUUGUAAUGCACUGAUUUCACAUGGCCAAUGUUACAACUACUGGUUCUCCAUGCCGGCAGCCUGGAGCACCGUGAGAGAGAGGAUAAUGGGAGGAAAAGACGAUCCAAUCACGAAUUUUGACGAACAUAAACACAGAUUGGUCUAUGCCGAAUUCAACAACAUCAAGCGUGUAUAAAUGUCCAGUCUGUUAUGAAUUUAUUAAGUGUUUAAAUUUUGUCAAAGGAUGAAUUAAUAUAUAAUCAGUUUGCAUUUAAAUAGGGUUCCGGCGCUAUGUGGACUUGAUACCCAAGAGCAGAACAUAGUUACGCUAGCUUAAUGGAAGAACUGCACAUGGAGAGCAGCUGGAACUUUUCAUGUGGGCAGGCUAAAUUACUGUAGAUGUGCUAUUUAAAUCACAAAAAUUGUGAAAAUAAAAGGUAAAUUUGUAUUUUGUAAAUUGAAAUAGAUUGCUUAGUUUAAUUUGGUCAUAUAAUCAUGGUAAAAUAAACAUAAACACGAACGCAAAAGAUUUCCCAAGCUAAAGAAAGUGAAGUUUUCCUUUUCACAAGUAGUCACAGUAGUUAUUUACUGUGUUUGUACCAUGUUAUCCCGUUUAUAUAGUACAGACUUUAAAGGUCAAGUUUAAUGGUGUGUUCACUUGCAGUGGGAAUGUCCGUUUACUUAGUUGUCAGUUGAAAGUUCUCACAGUUUGGCUUAUGUAAAGUUUAAUCGUGUCAGUGAUACCCCAGGCCCCCUUUCUUCUUGUGACGCCGGACAGGCUGGGCACAGUUUUGGGCUUGUAAAGAGUCUUUGUGGGGCAGGGAAAUAAAUCCUCCACCUAACUGGGUCAAGGUGCCCCUGCAGGAUAGACCCCCUCUUUGUUUGUUUAGAGGGUCCUGUGAAAAUCACCAACUGUCACACUGAUGAACUCUUUGGAUUGUAGAGACCAAGUCUAUAACAGCUUCAAAAUGUUGAUAAUUUUGUUUCAUUUUUCAAGAUUCUAUUUAAGAGCAGUUUUAAUUUUGUUUUAAUGCUGUUUUUAAAGGUUCAAUUUGAUAUUUUAAAAAAUAAACAAAAAAAAUUAAAAUAUUUUGAAAAUAAAUGAAAACUAUGGGUCAGUCACAUCAUAUGCAAGAAAAUGAAUUAACAAAGGCCAAAUUAAAUAUAUUUUUCCAUAACUGAUAAUAUUCUGUAUGUUUGAAACAAAUAAGAUUGACCUUAAGGGGAAAAAUGUUCUUUAUAAAAGUCCCAGAAAUUUCAAAACAACACAUAAUGAUAAUGCUACGGUGGCCUGGAAGUGCAAAACACAACCGCAAAAGAGAAAACACGACAGCAAAUCAAAACGCAAAUGCAAAAGAGAAAACGCAACCUCAAAUCACAAAAUGCAACUGCAAAUCACAAAACACGAUAGCAAAAGAGAAAACGCAACCGCAAAACAAAACGCAACUGCAAAUCACAAAACAUGACAGCAAAAGAGAAAACGCAACUGCAAAACACAAAACGCAACUGCAAAUCACAUAUGCAAACGCAAAAAGAAAACACGACGGGUAAGUAAACACGAACAUGGACGCUGAAAGCGAAAGUGCACUCGAAAUUAUCCAGCAAUAUUUUGAUGCAGGACACAAAUAUGACGAUAUAGUCAACGUGUUGUUGACUAUUCACGGCAUUAGCAUGAGCAUUCGAACGCUGAAGACCCGCUUGAAAGAAGCUGGCUUGUUUAGACUUCAGUUCCGACAUCGAUCCAGCAGGUGGAGGUUGUACUCCAACCCCAGCGGAGUAAACUGCCAUUAAACUACAACGAAGAAGAAGAAGACAGACGAUGCUGUCGUGUUUUGUGAUUUGCUGUCGUGUUUUCUUUUUUGCAUUUGCAUAUGUGAUUUGCAGUUGCGUUUUGUGUUUAGCGGUUGCGUUUUCUCUUUUGUGUUUUCUCUUUUGCUGUCAUGUUUUGUGAUUUGCAGUUGCGUUUUGUUGUUUUGUGGUUGUGUUUUCUUUUUUGCGUUUGCAUAUGUGAUUUGCUGUUGUGUUUUCUUUUUUGCGUUUGCAUAUGUGAUUUGCUGUUGUGUUUUCUCUUUUGCAUUUGCGUUUUCCCUUUUGCUGUCGUGCUUUGUGAUUUGCAGUUGCGUUUUAUGAUUUGUGGUUGUGUUUUCUCUCUUGCAUUUUGAUUUGCUGUCGGGUUUUCUCUUUUGCGGUUGUGUUUUGCACUUCCAGGCCACCAUAAGAUCCUGCCAGCACCUUAUACAAGUCCAUGUCAGAAGCAACUGUAUCUGUUUUCAGUUUGAAAAAAAAACUAUCAUACCUUAAUAAAAACAGGUUUUGAUUUAAAGUUUUCAGCUGUUGUGUUAUGUGAAGAAAUUUGGUCAGUAUUGUGAGCUUGUUGGGUACAAAAUAAGCUCUUUAACAGACAAACUUUGAUGAGGUACAUUUGCCUUCUGGGAUUUUAUGGCAGCCAUUAUGGACCGUGCUGUGGGUGCCAGCUGAAGCAACUCUGGCUUUAAUCCAAAAGUGCAGCUGUUAGUCAUAAAGAUCCUGAGACAAGUUUAAAAAAAAGUGCGCUCAGGUUUAAAAAUGCUGGAAUAACCCUUUAAUAUUCUGAUAUUUAAUGCAUUUAUUUAAUGCAAAACCAUGCAGAGACAACUUAUUUUUUGCAUAAUUUCACCCCAAAUGUUUUCACUGGGUGACAAGUCAAGACUGCAAGCAGGGCAGUUUCUCAGCAGGACUCUUCUCCUACUGAGCCAUGCUGUUGUAAUCCCUGUUGUCAGAAUGUGGUUUGUCAGUGUCUUGCUGAAAUAUGAAGGUCUCCCCUGAAAAGUCUUUGUCUGGAUGGCAGCAGAUGUUGCUUCUCAACCUGUAGAUAUUGUUCAGUAUGAAUGGAGGCUUCAAAUUAAAGGAUUGUAGGGAAUUGAUUGAUUGUUGUAAAUAAUUAUACUUUAAAGCUGUGUAAUAGCAAAUAUAUCUGCUGGUAUGUCUUUCUCUCUCUUUUUCCCAUGCAGUGGUGAAAUGUGUGGGAUCUGGGCUUUGUUCGGCAGUGAUGAGUGCCUGUCAGUUCAGUGCACAAGCGCCAUGAAGAUUGCUCACAGGGGCCCAGAUGCCUUCCGCUUCGAGAAUGUGAACGGCUUCACAAACUGCUGUUUCGGCUUCCACCGAUUGGCGAUUGUGGAUCAGCUGUACGGCAUGCAGCCCCUGCGAAUCAAGAAGUUUCCCUUUUUGUGGCUCUGCUACAACGGAGAGAUUUACAACCACCAAACGGUAGAGAAAAAGAGAUCAUUUCAUUUUUGACUGUUAACCUAGAUUUUUUUGGUAUUGAUCAGAUAGUUGGAGAGAAUUGAAAGCAGACUGAAGCUGCAGUUCUGGUUUUAGGCGUGAACAUUGUUAACGCCUAAAAGAUUCAAAGAGCUUCAAAGAGAUUCAGAUCUUCCAGUGUUGUGUGUUGGACCGCAUGUUAACUGCAUGCUUAGACCAGCCUUGUGCAAACAUUUGGUCCUCUUCUCACAAGUUUGGACACCACAUUCAGACACCAGCCUUGACAAACUGGUAACACAAAUAUUAACAAAUCAAAGAGCCUCUGCCCUCCCAGUUCUUCAUGUCUUACAGUUACAGAGUGAGUCUCUGUAGAUGGAGGGAUGAAAAUUGCUUUAACAUAUCAGCUAAGACCAAAAGCAGAGGAGCUUUUGUAUACUGCAGUGCAAGUAGAAACAGUUCAUUUUGGGGUUUUGGAAUGACUAAAUUGACAUAUAUUAGCAGAGAGUUUCCAUCUCCUGCUCAUGAAUUCAUUUUAAGGCGCUUGUGUAAUAUCCAAAUUGGCAAUUUAUACAUUUUGAUUUUUAAUGGCUAACACUACUCUAAGCCCUGUUUUUACAGUUAAAUAGAUUUGUCUGUCAUUUUUUAAGCAUGUAGAGCACAAAAUAAGUUUUCAAAGGGCGCCAAAGCUGAGACAAACCCAGAACUCCUCACCGGAGCUUUAAGAUUGUGACAGUAUUUUUAAAGCUUGGUUCUACAGAGUCGCAGCAGACUUAAUCAGGGUUAAAGGCGCAUGAAUCAGUACAUGUAUGCACAGCUGAGCCGACUUCAGUAGACUUCAGGAAACCUAAAAGUAUCUCCUGUGUUGUUUUUUAAGCUGAAAAAGCAGUUUGAGUUCGAUCACCAGACCAAAGUGGAUGGAGAAAUUCUGCUCCAUCUGUACGACCGCUUCGGUAUCCAGAAGAUGGCGACCCUCCUGGACGGCGUCUUUGCUUUUGUUCUGCUGGACACUGCCAACAGGAAAGUCUUUCUGGGUAGAGACACGUACGGCGUGCGGCCCUUGUUCAAGCUCCUCACAGACGAUGGAUUCCUCGCUGUCUGCUCAGAGGCCAAAGGUAAACCCACCGUUUAUUUCUCCUUAAAUCUGGAUCUUAAACACACUUGUUGUAAAUACCUCGCAGCUCUUUAAUGGUCGUUUAAUGUGUUUUUACUCUGUUCAAAGGUCUGAUAGACAUCACUCAUGCCAUGGCCACCCCUGCCAGUGUCACCCCCUUCCUGCCAGGGCACUUUGAGGUCUUUGAUCUGAAGCAGAACGGCAAAGUUCAGUCCAUUCAGAUGGAGCCGUUUCACUGCUGCACGAAGGAGCCGGCUCAUGCGGUCUAUGACACCGUAGAGAGACUGCCCACAAGUAUGAGGCCUCUGCUUUUGCUUCUUGUGUUGAUUUAUUCAAACUCUGAACAUGGGUGUAAGUUUCUGUAAACACCGAUCAUCUCCACAGGUUUUGACGAGGAAACGGUGAAGAGCAACAUCAGGAUGCUGUUUGAGAACGCUGUGAGGAAACGUCUCAUGGCUCACAGGAGGAUAGGAUGUCUUCUGUCGGGUAAUCAGAAAUUCACCUUCCUUAAUAAAAAACAAUGUUUUCAUUAAGAUGUAGUCGUGCACGCCCAGCAGUUGUCUCUGCAGACUUCAAAGUAGUUUCUUUCUCCCUGGAGGGCUGACAUGUCAAAUCUUGAUUUUUCACUCAUCUGCAUCAGGAUAUUGUUCUGCAAGAAUUCAUCCAUAACUCCACUGAACUGUGCAUGUAAUAAGAGAGGUCACUUAUCAUGUUGAGUCUUUGGAUAAAAAGUUACUGAAAUAUUGAGGUGAAGUCUCAGUCAGAAUGACUAUGACUGAAAACUCCACUUGUAUGCUGAAGAUACCGUAAUAAUGCUGCUCUACACUUUACUAAAUCCAGGUCCCUGAGCCUAUCAGUCAUAUAAACGGUGAUACACUUAAGGCUUGUGAGCAAAAAGUUCUGGCUGUAAAAGCAGUUUAUGGAUAUUUGGCAGAGAGUCAAUGGAAAAUGUCUUGUUCAUUGUGUGCAGGCCUGCUGACACUAAAAGUGGGAGUGGGUGUGCAGGGAUUUAAGGGGACAGGGUUGGUGUAGGACCAGAGGAGGGGCCGGAUUAAGGAAUUAUGAGGCUGGGACAAGACACAGUUGGGAGGCCUCUGGUGAAGGGGGUGGGGGUUGGCAGUUAAUGAGGUUUAGAAGGUGGGAAGGAAAUGUGACACCACCAAAGUCAAACAGGCCCAACUGUUUUUACCAUCUGGGGUCGGGGUUUUUCGUCAAACCCCUAAACUGGGCCUGCAGAAAAUGAGAUGCAUGCAGUAGCAACCAAAGAUGCAGCAGAAAUAAAGAAAGAGGGGGGCUGGUUUAAUAUUUGUGUGUCCGGUGAGUUGGAAAAGGGGGACAGGGACAACCAGUACUCCAGGACAGGCUUGAAAUGAACCUGGUUUGCGUUGCUGAUCCUCCCUCAGGUGGUCUGGACUCAAGUUUGGUUGCUGCCACACUAGUGAAACUGGCCAAAGAGGAGAAGCUGCAGUAUCCCAUCCAGACAUUUUCCAUUGGGUCAGAGGGCAGCCCUGACAUCAUCGCCGCUCGCAAGGUCAGAGGUCAACAUUUAUUUAACAAGUCAAGUCAGUUUGUGGUAUAAGCAGUCUGUGAUUGGUUACAGGUGGGGUUUUUUUUGCUUGCAGGUUGCAGCUCACAUUGGCAGUGAACACCAUGAGGUGAACUUUACUGCAGAGGAGGGCAUCCAGGCUGUGGAGGAGGUUAUCUUUCACCUGGAGACCUACGACAUCACAACCAUCCGUGCCUCUGUCGGUGAGUCUGCACACCAGAGAAACAAAGAAAUAUUACAGGUCUCCCUGGUGGUAGAUGCACACAUUUUCCUCCAUAUUUAACAGGUAACUUUUUCUGCCCAGUAAAGUCUCUCGUCUCUGAACUAAGUGUUCAGUUGGCAUAUGUCAGAGGUGUUCAUGUUACAGCUCAGUCUGUAACAUGACAGAGUGAGCUGACUGAACAGAAAUAUCAGUGACUGUUGGACCAGCUAAGUCACUUCAAGAGAGGGUCACAGACAAGGCUAUGAGGAGAAACGUGUAAAGACCACUUUAGUGGCUCCUACACCAACCCUUUUUCGUCAUCCAGCUGUUGUUGCGUCAACCUAACAACUUAAGAUGGCGUCUGCAUCAGUCACAAGUUUCCUCACAGGAAAACACUUCUCUGAGAGGAAACUUUGCUGAAUUGUAUCUUCUGAUCUAGGGCUGCAUGAUUAAUCGAUUUUAAAUCGUAACCAGAUUAUUUGAUUAUGAUGAUGUUAAAAAAAUUUAAAUCAUCAAAUCGAUUUUCCACUCUAUCAUGUCUCGCGCCUCCAGGCCACCGUAGGCUCCCCCUUCCUGUGGGAGCACUCCCCAGUUCCCACACACACCAGUGUUAACAAACGUGACAUUUGCAGAAGAAGGCGAUAAUUUCAUGGCUAAAUAGGACAAGCAAGUCAGUCGUAUGGAAUUGGAAUAGCUUUGCAGUUUCAGAUGAAGAGCAAACCACUCCCAGCUGCAAAGUCUGUCUGAAGGCGGUAUCAACCCGUCCACACUGGGUUUUUUUAGCGUUUCGUCCACAUGGAAAUGGCGUUUCUGGUGACUGUAAAUGGUACUUUUUGAAAAUGGGUCAGAGAGUGCACAAAUCUGAAAAUGAUUUCCUCUCUGUGUGGAUGACUAUCUGCAUCUCUUGAAACAAUCACGUGACACACAGCGUAACUCUUUUAUGACAUCUACACGUGUCCAGCCAAAACAACCCUUAUACAUAUGCUCUGUACUCUUCUUCUGUCUUUUGUGCAUUUCCUUGGCAGUGUUACAGCACCACUUAUUGGCUUGGCAUAUGCUCUACAUCAUUUUCAGUGGUUUUGUUUUGAGAGGUGAUAGAAAAACAUAUUAUUAAUUUGAAGUUUGGUGAAGUUGUCACUGAAUAAAAAAAUCAAAAUCGAAAAUCAAGUUUUCAGAGAAAAAAAUGGGAUUUUAUUUUUGGCCAAAAUCGUGCAGCCCUAUUCUGUCCCUGAAAGACACUAAAAAGGUGACUCCUGUACCGGCCAUAGAAGGACUGAGGGUUAGUCUGAGUCUAAAAUGAGCGAGUAAAACCAUCCAAUGGUUGAUGAGGAUGGAGUUAAAUGAAAGUUUCCCCACACAAAGAGAUGGGGAGGACUUGAGAGAUUGAAAUAAACAUGCAAACAGUGAUGAAAAGUAGUGUCUUUGUCUGACUCAAGGGAUGUUUAUGGUGUGAAAUGAACAUUAUAACAACAAGUAAAACAUACAAUGAAUGUAGAAGUUUAAAUGUCAUUAGUUUGGUUUCUGUUUUUGUUUAUCUGAUUGCAAAUGAAGGUUAUUAGGCUUCAGUAUUAGUAUGGACAGUUGUGAUAUGGCUGGAAUACCAAGCAUGAUGCAAAACACAGCGCCUCAAAGCUAUUUAUUUUUAUAUUUCCGUUAUGAAUGUCAGUUUACCUCUAUGUUUGAUCUUCUAUAAAUGCUGCUUCAUGUUCUAAAUAAACUGCCUCUGGCUGGAUCAAGAAAAUCCUUUGACUUCAAAUGGACAUAAAAGAGGAAGCGAGGCAGUUUUCUGUCUGUGAGGGUUUGAAUGGUUCACAUGUCUGCAGCUCUCUGCUCACCGCUGUGUUUGAAAUGAGUCUGCUGCAUCGCUGCAUUCCUCUUUCCUCCUGACUGACUGCUCUGAAUCACUCUGGAUCCACUGAUGUUAGUUUAACGCUCAGAGGUCAGAAGGGGCAACGUGCAGGACAUUGACUGAGCUGUGGCCCAUCGCUGCUUUCUCAUAGAAGCGAUUCAGUUAUGAGUCCAUCUGCAAUGAUUGAAAAACAGCUAAAAAUGAUCAUUUAUUUCCACAUUUCAGAAAUCUUCCUCUGAGUUGUGUUAUUUCCUCUCUCUGCAGGGAUGUACCUGAUUUCCAAGUACAUCAGGGAGAAAUCAGACAGUGUGGUGAUCUUCUCCGGAGAGGGAGCUGACGAGCUGACUCAGGGAUACAUUUACUUCCACAAGGCAAGUCCUACAGAUACUUAAACAUCAUAAUGCAACUGAUACUAACUCUACUCUAAUGCUAACACACAGACAGGGAACAGGAUUCAGACACAGUUCUGAUGAAACCUGCUUUUCCUUUUUUUGGUCUCACAAGGGAACUUCUGCAAAAGUUAGUAAGUAAAUAAGUAAGUAAACUUUAUUUAUACAGACCAAGGUCACAAAGCGCUUUACAGUAAAAGCCAAAAGCAAAAACAAUACACAGUUAAUAAAUACAUACAAACCUAAAAUUUUUAAAAGGCCAAAACAACACUAUAGCAACCAUAGCAGCCCCAAGACAGUUAGGGAAAAGCCUGAACAAAUAGAAAAGUCUUUAGUUCCCUUUUGAAGGAGUCAACAGACUCCAUCGAACGCAGAGCAGGCGGAAGAUUGUUCCAGAGCUUGGGAGCAACAGCCUGGAAGGAUCGGUCUCCUCUGGUCCAGAAAUGAGUAUGAGGCACCAUCAGAAGAUUCUGACCCACAGACCUUAGAACCCGGGUCUGGGGUGUAAGGCUGGAUCAGGUCAUUGAUGUAAGCUGGAGCCUGACCAUGCAAGGCUCUGAAAGUUAAAACCAGAAUUUAAAAAUUUAUCCUAAAAAAAAAAGGCAGCCAAUGAAGGGUUUUAAGAAUCAGGGAUAUGUGUGACCUCCUAUUGGAGUGGGUCAGAAUUCUGGCUGCAGAGUUUUGUACUAACUGCAGUCGAGACCGCUCCUUUUUGUUCAUACAGGAAAACAAACUGUUACAAUAGUCUAAACGUGAAGACACAAAUGCAUGAUGAUCAGUUCCAAAUCAUUAUGUGACACCAUUUUUCUAAGUUAGGAAACAGUGUCCAUAAUUCAUUGCAGAAAUAUCCCACUAACAUACCAGGAAAGUAAAGUUAGUAACAGGUGGAGCUGUGUCAGGUUGUUGGAAAUGAAAAGAUAUUGCAGAAACAAUAGAGUCAAUGCAUCACUCCAGCUGCAGUUUGCUGACCUCCAUUGGCUCCUGUUCUCUCACCUUGUUGCAGAAGUGUAGAUGCUCAGCCUCAGUAAGGAGUCAGGCUGCACAGUUUACCAAAACAUUUGACUGCUUGUAUCAGCUUAAAAGUCAAAAUCUAAAUCACAGCAUGCACUGUGAUGUUGCAGACAUGUAGAGAAAUAUUGAGAUGUGUUAAACUUAGCGACUUCAAACUGUAAGACAAAUAAAGUAUACUGUAUAUAACACGUAUUUCAAACAGUGGCAUCUUUGUUCUGCAGAUGAACCCUUUGCACUAACAUUCAGACUCGUAUCCUGUUGAAGGUGAAACUGUACCUUUGCAGAUCUGACCCUCUGUGUGUGCAGAGCGUGGUGACCUCUUACAUAAAAUGGUCAGAGGCGCUUCUACAAACAUGCAUCAGACAUGUUAUAUUCAUCAUGUGAGUGUAAAGAGGUGCAUGUCAAACAUACAGCUCCGGUGCUGACAGAGGCGUGUUUGUCCUUCAGGCUCCGACUCCGGCGGCGGCUGCAGAGGACUGUGUCCGCCUGCUGAAAGAGCUCUACCUGUUUGAUGUCCUCCGCGCUGAUCGCACCACCGCUGCACACGGGUAACACUGAAAUCUCAUCAUCCGCCACAGAUAUCCCCAACAGACACAGUCAGGGUACUUGGAUAAGUUUUAACAGCUGGUGCUCCUCUUCCCCUCUCAGUCUGGAGCUCAGAGUGCCUUUCCUGGACCACAGAUUCACAGCGUACUACCUCUCUCUACCUGAAGAUAUGAGAACCGCAAAGGUGAGCUAACCCUCUAAUCUGCUGAGCAUGAAAACCUGCGUUUAUAUCUGUGUCCGAACUGGGACUCACUUCGACUUCCUAACAGUCAUGUUGUGUGUCUCUCUGAGUACAGCACGGUGUGGAGAAGCAUCUUCUGAGGGACUCCUUUAAAGGUCUGAACCUGAUCCCUGACGACAUCCUGUGGAGGCGUAAAGAGGCUUUCAGUGACGGGAUCAUGUCAGUGAAGAAGUCCUGGUACACCUGCCUGCAGGAGCACCUCGAGUCCAUGGUGAGUAUGACUGCAUAACAUUAGAAUACGUUCGUCUGAAAGGUCUCUGCCAUCUCUGUUUCUGAUGGACGCUCCGUCUCCUCUCAGGUAAACGACAGUCAGAUGGAGAGAGCUCAUAAGACCUUCCCCCACCUGCCCCCUCACUCCAAAGAGGCGUAUUACUACAGACAGGUGUUUGAGAAGCUCUUCCCCGGACGAGCUGACUGGCUGACACAUUACUGGAUGCCCCGCUGGAUCAACGCCACUGACCCGUCAGCCCGGACCCUGUCCAUCUACAAACCCGACAAAGAUCAGUGAACAGCAGCAGCUUCACAUGUCAUACGCAGCUUUAAUUUGAGCUCAGAGUUCAACAAACUUAUUUUAGAUUAGGCUGAGUUUUUCACACUUUGAUGGAGUCUGUCAGACUUUCUGUUUAAACUGUAUUCAACUAUUUAUCCUCACCAAAAAAACACAGAAAAGUCAGAAUUAUCUAUUAAAUAAGAAGAAUAGAAUUAGAUCUAAAUGAGAAAAUGGAAAACCAAAUAUGACCGACUUAAAGAUCGAAGCUUCUUAAACCUCUCUUUUCACCCUUACAAAGUGAUAAAAUGUGAUUUUAGUACAAACAUUUUUCAGCUAAAAAAUGAACAAAAAAGAAACUAAAAGCCCCGGUCAUGACAUGAAAAAAAGACUUUAGAUGUGAAAGUGAAGUUUGUUGACUUAUCGCUGACCGUCGACAGGUACAACUCUUCAAUGACACAGAGUUGGCAGCAUUAACCUGCUAGAACUGUUCAGAUCCAUAGUCGGAGAACAGCUCCAGACUCUCACUGGGCUUCUCUUAAAUCUGUCAUUCAACCUGUCUGUGUUACAUUUUCAAAAAAAUCAAAUCUAUGGAUGUGACUGUGCAUCACAAAGCACUCGAUCUAAAGGGACCAUUUCAAUCACGGAGGGCCUGCUUUAUUGAUAUACAACACAAAAUGAACACUGCAGUGUGUGCUCCUUCUGAAAAGGUGCAGGUCUUGUUUGUGUGAUCAACUAAGAAGUUUUGCAUGUAUGAUGUCAGGUGCAAAGACCAGAGAGGUAUUUUGGUUUAUUUGCAUCUCCAUGCGAGGACAAUGAAUGCCAUCUUGCACACCUGAAAGAGUGUGCGCUGUUAGUUGAUCAGCUGGCUCAUUAUUUGCAGUUGAUGUCAAGUUUGAACACAAAAACCUUUAAUGAAUCAGGCUCUUAGAGGAAAAAAAAUAAAUUAGGGUUCCUUUUUCAAACAGCAGAGGGCGCCGGCUGUCUUGAACUUUUCAUCUGGAUGUCCUCUCGUCUUUGUCGUCUUUGGAAUGGUUUCGUAGGGACUCUGAAUGUUGACCUUAUUCAGAUCCCUGAAGAUCUAAAUUCAGCUGAUUUAUGUCACCAAUCUGUUAACUUUCAAACUUAAAAAUUUAGAAACGGUUUUAAAGAUGAUUCUAUUCAGUGAGGGCAGCCCUUCUGUAAUGUUUCCCCUACAUGAGUCAGUUUGGCCUCCCCACUCAGAAAGUCUGACAGUGACUCUCACAAAGACAAAGAUGACCUGUCCACCUCUUAUUUGUUUUCAUCUUAAUCCUUUUUAAUCCGUCAUCUUUACCUUUUUAUCUUUCAUGAACUCGUGGACAAUCUCUUUCUAUUCCUGAUCGUAUGUCAGGAAGUGUCUGUACUCCGUUUUCCUGUUGGUCCUUCCUUUUGCGGUUUUUUAUUUGCCUUUAUCGCCUUACAAUUUAGCAGAAGUACCUGUUGCUUUCUUUCAAAAUAAAAGAUGGUUAUUAAGCUCUGUUGCAUCCAGGCAGCAAUAAAGGCUUCAAAUAAGUAGUUAAUGAGGAAAUCUUUCCUCUAGAGCUUAACAAACUGGUUUGCUGGGUGAGUUGAUUUGUUUUCACAUCCCAAGUUUUAUCUUAAAUGUUUGUUCUUUUUACCUCCUGUGGAAGUUUUAGAGCUGCUAACACCAGAAAUAGCUUCUGCUUCUGCUUUUUGUCGAGUGAUUUAUGCUAACAGAGUGAUAGAGGUCUUACAGAGAGAGGGAGAGAAAGGUGUGAUUGAGCUCAUUUCUGCUCCGAGGAGGAGUUUGGUCUUGGUUUAGGCCUGGCUAUGCAAACGGGGUCUAUGUUACAUAAUGUUAUUGUAGGUUUAAAGGGGCACAAUGAGAUGAAAUCAGUCCAAGAUAAGAAAACCACCUCAGUGUGAAGAAGGAGCUUUUUAAAUGACCUUAGAAUAACUCAGUAGUCCUGAAUGGAUUUCAAUGUAGUGUGUCAGAACAGCCAGUUUCCCUCAUUCAGGUGCAGUUUUAAUGAUCAUCUGCAGAAAACAGACUAAAUAAUAUGAUCAAGUGAAAGGGGAAGUUACAUCACUUCAAACUUCUGUCAUUUAGGGUCUGAAUAGUUAGUUCCAGCCUGCAGCCUGAUAGCUGUGAUAUCUAGGUGCAGAGUUCCUGAUCGAGGACUUUGACUCUCUCCGAUUGUUUUAAUAAAUCUCUGGAACAGCUUUGAGAUUUAGGAGAUAUAAUCCAAGUUUGGGGGAGGGGUUAAGAGUUUGAAGCAGAUUACUUACAUGAGAUGUUCUAUCAUUUUUUGUCUACCUCCUGACAUUUUCAUCCUGUUAGAUUGCUCUAUUUUGUACCAAAUGCUGCUGAAAUAAACUUCCCACUGACCACCUAAA